AUGGGGGUGGCCUCGCGGAAUACAUUAGCUGACAAUGGCGGAUUUAAACAACCCGAGCAGGUGACGCCUGUGCCCUCCGGCACCGGCCGGACGUGGGCAGUGCCCGCCGCUCUCCCUGGAAGAACGGGGAGCAGGGUCCUCAGCCCGGAGCCUGGCCCUGGGGUGGGCAGCGGAGGGCACCCUCUCCCUGAUGACCUGAGCCCGAGCGGAGGGGCCGCGUCCAAUCUGGCAGGGGGUGUCGGGCAGGGGUCUGGGGCCGGGCGCUGGGGUCCUCUCAGCGCAGAGCCCCGCACCCCCAGCAGCGUGGGAAACCCAGCUGAGUGCAGGCACCCCCGUGGCCUGGGGUGGGAUCCUCGGUCAGUGGGAAGCACUGGACGGCGAGGAGGCUCAGGGCGCUGGCGAGGCCACCCCUUGUCAACACGAGACCCUGUGACGGAUGGGGAAGCCGAGAGUGGGGGGCUUGCCUGUGGCCCCCUGGCUCCGGGCCCACGGGGCUGGAUGGUCACUCGUCUGUCCAGGGGAGGCGAGCUCAUCAGCAACACGCUGCGAUUAUUCUGCGCUCACCCUGCAGAGCAUCUUGUUUCUUUAUUGUCCUGCCUCUUAAAUGAAUUAAAGUGCCUUGGAAGUGAUGUGAGGGGUGUUUUUGGAGAGGAGCAGAGGAAACCUGCACUUCGGAAUCUGAAAUUGGAAAAGGACCUGGACCCCGGACCCGGGCGCUCACGGAGCCUUCCAGCCCCGGCCGGGCAGCGCCCGCAGCUCCCAGCCGAGUGCGCGGCUCGCAGAUGGCUCCCGGGCCCGCGGGACCCGCAGUCCCAGCCUGGGUGGUGGGCCCUCGAGAGACCUGAGCUCCCUUCCCCUCGACUAACGGUGGCUGCUCGGGCCGAGAUCUGGGGAUCUGCGCUGGUCCCUCCAGAUUUCCAGAUUCUCUCUGCGACUGCAGGCGCCACAGACGCCGGCACAGGGCCCCUUGCUCCGUCCUCAGAGCCUGAGCUGCGGGCAGUGGUGCCAUCGUCUGUUCCUUCGCUCCUCAGCCCGAUGAGUCCCCGCUGGGAAAACCGCAGGGGCCUGGACUCGGCUUUAGGGAAUGGGCAGCCGAGGCCCUGCAAAGCCGCCUUGCCACCCUCGGCCUCCUGUCCAGCCCGUCGACAUCUCUCCGGCCCCACCCGCCACCUCCCCGAGUCCACACUCUCUGGCCCUCUGACCACGGCAAGGUCCCCUCCCGCCUUCUGUGGCCUCCGUGGGUCUGACCGUCUGGGGCCUGUGCAGUGGCCCUGCCCUUCUCGGACCCCACUGCCUGUGAGGGGGCCCGACACUGAGCCCCGGGUGCUGGCUGCCAGCCGGGCAGGAGGAUGGUGGCCGUGGUACUGGGUGGCCGUCCCGUCCUUCACCUCCCUGGGGAGCAAGGGAGGGGCCCCUGCAACCAGCGUGGCGUCUCCUCUCCAGGCUCCUUGGGUGACAGCCCCUUGGCUGUGUGCCCCCCGACUCCAGGGCACGGCUCUCCAGGGGCAGGGGUGGCGGUCCUCCCACCGGAGCCCCCAUCCCUCGUGGGGGGAGGUGAGGGGGGACAAUGUCGCAGGUGCCAUUUCCUCUGCUUCAACCCCCCAUGCCCACCAGGUGAGCCACAACCUGGGGGCUCGUGACGCCCCCUGUGCUGAGCCGAGUGCCAGGACAGGUGAACAGGCGGCGUGGGCAGGUCACAGGCCCCAUUUUGGGGGUGCUCAGCGGUGGCCAGGCAGAGGGUAAGGGGUGGUGAGGCAUCCAGGAGGCCCUGUCCAAGACCGAGGGUGCGGCCUGAGUCUCCUGGGGCCACCAUGACAAAGAACCCAAGUUCUGGGGGCCGAGUGUCCAAAAGUGAGGCGCUGCAGGGCUGCGUGCCCUUGAAACCUCAGGGAGAGCCCUCUCCGGCCUGCCCCCGCCACCCACUCCCCAAGGACGCUGUCGCUGGAUCUUGCCCCCCACCCAGGAGCGCUUGCCCCGAGCCAUCACCCCGUGGCAGCUGCAGAGACCCUUCUUCCCAGCAAGGUCUCACUCGGGGUUCCGGGGGCAGCACGUGGGCCUUUUUUGGGGCACCGUCCCCCACUGCGGGCCCAGCUCCAGGGCGGGGGGCCGCCUAGGCCCUCUUUUUCCUGAGUUUCACCCCAGCCGAGAAGGGCCCCAAGCGAGUGGGAAGGAUGCCAACUGGGGGAAGGAGAGGCCGGGCCAGGCGGGCUUUGACCCUGCGGCUGGGUCGGCUCAGCCCCGUGUUCGGCCUGACCCUCUGUGGCUGGUGCCCCCAGCUCAAGUUCCAAGGCCUUUGCCACGCUGGGGGGACACAUCCACGCACACGAGCCCUGGUGAGCCUGAGACGUGCACCCUCGUAUGUGGGCCCCCGCCCCCCUCUCUGGGUCCAGCCCCCCGAGACACACACUCUCUCUAGCCCUCAGGGGCCCCUUUCCAGAUUUCCUUUGGCCAGAAAGAAGGGGUUUCUACCGGAGUGUCAGCUGCCUGUCCUGCUGUGCAGCUGGAAACGGGGCCCACCACGGGGCAGAUCAGCAAGAAAGCUGCCGGCCCCUUUGCGAGUUUGGGCUCAGCUCCACGCCUACCUGCUCCGGCUGCUUUGCAGAAUCCUUGGUGCCUUCUGUCUGUCUGUCUUUUUAUUUUUUUUUAAUCAGAUUUUCUAGCCAUCACUAGCAAGAAAGGCUAUAGUGGGCUUAGCCGCUGUCAUGGAACUGGAGCCUCUAGAGGUGACUUGACAACAAAAGAAAAUAAUCUGGAAAUGAUGCGCUUAAUCCUCAACACUCGUUUUCAAGCAUUUCCGUUUUGCUCAAGAAUUCAUCCAGCUACAUUCCACCCAAGCCCCCUUGCUCGCUGGAUCGGCCCAAAUGAAAGCCUGUUUGCUUUCCUUCCCCCAACGCCAGCUACCUGACGGCAGGGAGAGCGUCACCACUCACAGCCAAGGAGAAGGCACCGAUCGUGGCGUCCAUGUGUGGACGUUUAAGGGCUGGCGGCACAGGGACCGAGGACAAGCCACAGCAGGUCUGAUAAGGGCCCCUCAGACCCUGUCUCGGGGAGAACAUGGGGCCCUCCAGAGUCAGGGAGUAGGAGGUGUGUGUUCCCAGCUAAACUUAGGUCAAGUUCUACCAACCCAGAAUCAAUGUGGAGAAACUGGGAUGGGUGUAUUUAUCUACCAUUUAUUUUUAAAAUGUUUCCUAAGAAGUAAAUGGUGUAAAUAGGAGCUCAGGGGGAUGUUCCAGUGCUGAGAUGAUUCCACACUGAGGAAUAAACUUGCUUUUUAAAUGUAUCAGGAAGCCCCGGAUCCAGAGAUAGGGCUGCAGGGGCUCUGCCACGGGCAGCACCGGGGAUCGAGCCUUCCGAGUGCGUGAGCUCUCCGGCUCGCACUUUAGAAAUGCAGAUCACGUGCUCCUUCCACACAUGGCUCGCGAUGCCCAUUACCUGUGCAAGUCAGCAUUCUGGAAGCCGGGGCAGCGCUGUAAACAAACCCGACAGGCCCCUACUCCUCUACCGCACCUCUCCGACUUCUUAAAGAAGAUUCUGCACAUAACAUAAACUUUGAUGAUGCUCGUGUCAGUCAGUGAGGAGACGACUGCAUUCCGUCAUGAAGUGUCUUCUAUCAAAGAAGAUGGCGUUGACGUGUUCAGCAACCGCGUCGCGUGGUUGACCCGUGGAGAGCCUGUGGUCAGUCAGGAGCUUCAGAUCUUCUUCCAAUGUGUCAGUACCAGGCAAGGUUUUCAUUGCACCCACACACCAACCUUUACUGGGCUUUGCGCCUGUUUUUGUUAAGGUACCGCUUGGCUUUGGCUAUGCCCAUGGCUUCUGUCACGGUUCCCUCGGCUGCCUUCCCUCCCACUUUGAAUCAGGGCCCGAUUACUCACCCGAAUGCAAAGCCACGACAGUUGAGCUGUUACCACACAUGUUUCAGGACAGAACCUCUGAGGAUUCACGAAGAUUGGCGCGAAUCCCCCAAGUCAGAGAGAUCAGUCGUCCCAGGCUGCUGGCCCUGUCCCCACCGUGCCCCAAAAUGAAAGGGGACAAGAGAAAAGGAAAGAAGAAAGGAAGAAAGAGGAAGGAAAGGAAAGAAAAAGGAAGAAGAAAUGGGUUGAAUUUUCACGGAACGCUCUUUGUAUACACUUGGCUCUUCUUAUAUUUAAUAUUUUGGGGGAGGAGCUGAAUGGAAAUAUUGAAGCAGAGAAAUCCACUUCUAUUCAGCAGUGCACUGGAGGUUCUCGCCAGGGCAGUUAGGCAAAGAAAUGGAAUAAAGGCAUCCCGAGCGUAAAGGAAGUAGAGCUGUGUCUGCAGAUGACACGACCUCGUAUACGGAAAAUUCUGAAGAGCCCACUACAACACUACCAGAUCACACAAAAAAAUCAACUGACACUUGCAAUAAGUUAACCAAAAAUGAAACGAAGAAAACAAUUUCAUUCACAAAUGCAUCAAAAAGAAUAAAAUAUCAAGGAAUAAAUUUAAUAAAAGAAGUGUAAAACUUAUACAAAAACUAAAAUUUUGUUGAAAGAAAUGAAAAAGGCCUGAAUAAAUGGAGACACACCCCGAGUUUAUGGAUCAGGAGACUCACUAUUACGACGAUGGCAGAUGCCCCAAAUUGACCUACAGAUUCACCACAAUCCCAAUAAAAAUCCCAAUUGGCUUCUUUGCAGAAACUGUCAAGCUGAUUCUGAAUUUCCUUUGGAAAUUCAAGGGACCCAGAAUAGCCAAAAACAACGUGAAAGAGAACAAAGUUGGAGGACUUACGCCUCCUGACCCGGAAGUUUCACACGCCGGAGCAGUCGUGCGGUGGAAGGAGAGAGCUACAGGCGGAACCCAGAGCCCAGAGAGGAGCCCGCGUGUUUACGCUCCGUUCACAUUCCACAAGGGGCCAAGAUGAUUCAGCAGGGAGGGGACAGUCUUGUUCACAGACGGUGGGGGGACAACUGGAUCUCCACCUGCAAAAGAAAGAAGUCGGGCCCCUCUUUCAGGCCACGUACAAAAAUCAACUCAAACUGAAUCAAAGACCCAUUUUUAAGAGCUAAAACCAUAAAAUUCUCAGAAGAAAACGGGCAAAUCUUCAUGACUUUGAAUUUGACAAUAGUUUCUUAGCUAUGACACCAAAAGCACAAACACUAAAGAAAAAUCAGAUGACUUCAAAAUUAAAAACUUCCAUGCUGCACAUGAUACCACCAAGAAAGUUAAGAGACAACUUACAGAACAGGAGGAAAUAAUUUGCAAAUUGUAAAUCUUACAAGGGAUUCAUAUCUACAAUAAAGAGAACACUUACAGCUCAAUAAUAAAAAGACAAGUUAUAAAACGGAUAAAAAAUCAGAAUAGACAUUUUUCCAAAGAUGAUAUAUGAAUGGCCAACAAACACAUGAAAGGAUGUUCAACGGCAUUAGCCAUCAGGGCGAUGCAAAGCAAAACCACGAGAUUCCACUUCAUACCCACAGGUUGCUAAUUAAAAAAGGGAGGAUUCCAGUGCUGGUGGGAGUGUAAAAUGGUGCAGCCAUGUGGAGCACAGGCUGGAAUUUCCCAAACGAUUCAACGUGGAGCUGCCAUGUGACCCGGCAGUGCCACCCCUGGGUGUAUGCUCACGAGAAGGGAAAACGUAUUCAUCCGAAAACUCGCGCACCAAGGUUCACAGCAGCGUUAUUCACAACAGACUGAAGUUUUGAAACGUGUCACGACAUGGACAAACCUUGAAGACAUUGUAGUUUUAAAGAAGCCAAUCACCAUAAAACCACAUAUUGUAUGAUUCCAUUUACAUGAAAAGCCCGGAAUAGGGAAAUCCAGAGGGAAAACAGAGCAGCGGUCGGAGGGCCUGCGGGGAGGGGAUGGGGACCGCCUGCUGAGGGGUGAUGGUCGCAAACCCGGAAUAUACGGAAAUGCACCGCACGCGGGGGCACUGCACGCACGUGCAUUGUCUUAUUAAGGCUGUUACAGAACGAGGCGCAGCCCGGGC